UUCGUAUUCCGUAUAUUUUACUGUUUCAUAUCUUUCUUUUCAGUUUCAUACUAUUCCUACCUCACCUAACUUCAUCUCUUUCUCUCCCUCUUAUGCACACAUGACACACACACAUUAUAUUUCUGGUUUUUGUCAAUUUAUCUCUCUAUUUUUCUAAGUGAAAGAAUUAUAUUAAUUAAGCAAGAAGAAGUUUCAAGUGGUUUAAUUCGUGUUGAAGAUAGAACUAGAUAGUGAAGAUUUAAACAUAUUAUUCAAUGGGUGACAAUGACAAGUAUAGUAGUCAUACCAAUGGCUUUGCAAGCACCAUGAAACCUACCAUGACAGACAAUGACUCCAACUUCAUUUAUCUCAAGUUUGUCAAUCAGAAAGAUAAAGCAACUCAUCUGAAGGUGGUACGAAAUGCAAAGUUACAAAAGGCGUUUGACCAGUAUUGCAAGCAUCAUCACUUGGAAAUUGGGGCUCCUCGCUUCUUCUACGGAGAUGGAACCCGCUUACCAGGCUAUGUCUCGCCACUCGAUCUGCAACUUCCGGAUGGAGCUGAAAUUCACGUCUUCACUGAGAUGAAUGGAGGUGCUCCAAUUUCUUGUUAGUUGCUACAAUACUUAGCUACCACUAUCUAUUUAAUUCCUUCCAAGGGACAGGAAUAUUUAUUUUCAGCAACUUUCUUUUUUGUUCUUAAUGAUUUUAGUUAAUGUAUGAACAUAUA